AUGUCGGGCGUUCAGGAUCGUGCAAAGCUGUUCGAAAGCGGCGCCUUCAACAAGGGCCCGGCCACAGUUCGCGCUGGCAGUAUUGGAGGUAUAGGAUCUUUAUAUCAAUUUGUUAGUCUCCUGUGUUUCAAGAUGAAGAUCAGGCUCUGCGAGUUCCUCUGUUUAAUGAAAUAUCCUGUCUUUGGUCUUCCUCGGUUCAUCAACAUAUUUGUUAGUGUGAUAGCGAUACUCGUUACUUCUCGUAAUUACGGGGUUUUUGAAGUUCCCAUGAUCAAAUCAAAUUUUGAAGUUCCUCGUCUCAUCAACAUCAACACUCGCAGGUAACGUCGGUGAGAACGUAGACUACUACGAGCAUUUAAAGAAGAAUGAGGAGAUCGAAAUCGAACACGGACCCAUGUGGAAGCGUCCGGGAGGUUUCUUUUAUGUUGAAGUUUUGUAAUUGUUGAUAACAAGUGUACACCAGGUCAACGCCUAAACCACUAAGCCAACUGCGCAGUUUACUCUUCUUGUGCUAAGUGGAACAGUUGCAGUACAUAGCGUUGAUCUUGUAAUGAUAUGAUUGGGUGGAGGAUGAAUCAAGAUUCUCAUAAUCCCAAAAAUCCACCUCCCAAUCCCAAAAAUCCACCUCCCAAUGCCAAUCCCAAUGGCAACAUCUCUAAUUCGCACGUCGUCUCUUCUUCGGUGAUUACGCGGAUACUCGCAGCAGCACCAACAGCCGAGGCAGUUACAUUGCGCGUGACUCCUUCGCUGAUACCGCUUUUAUGUUCGCCAUUCUCCUCUUCACUCUCGCUGGUGUAGCCUUCUUGAUGGGACCAGAAGCGGUGUCUGGGUACUAUUUGGACAUAGUUCGCUUGUCUUACUUAGAGUAGUUCCAUCGUUACCUCAAGGUGAGCAUGCUAUUAUAUUUCGACAUCAUUGAUACAUUCUAGUCGAGGAUGGAUAGUACCUCACUCGUCCUAUUUCGUAACACCCACAGACAUCAUUGAUACAUUCUAGUCGAUGGAUACCUUGUUACAUCGCAAAUGACAGGUACAUCGACAAGAUUCCGGUUGAGAUGCCUGCUAUGCCUGAGUUACCGACUGCACCCGCUGCUCCGAUGAUCACCAUGCCGUCGAUGCCAUCGAUCUCUAUGCCGUCCUUCGGUUUGCCGGUCCAUGGAGAUGCGCCGCAACAUGGUCGCGCUCUCGGCUAUGCCACGGAUUUCCUGUACUUCCCGGUCCCUUACGUCGCCAAGAUGAUGGCUAUGUAAGUGGAAGAAAAAGCAGUGUUGGAGAGAUACGCUGGAAGGUUCCUGUUGUCGCUAUGUAUAGAGAUACAACAUCAACCUAUCGUCGUUCAAAAUUUGUCUUUGCUGCACCAGUGGAAAUAAUUGGACUCGUUGGGUGCAGGAGUACGUGUUUGAAGAAUAUCAAUACCAUGUUAGGGACUUCUGCAGAGUUGUCCUCGACCAGAUUAAUUAGUGAAGCAAUAUAGAUGAUUUUGGUUGCUGUAGUUACUGUGACAUUUAUUUGUGUAGUUGACAUUGUAGUCGUAGUUGUUGUAGUUGUAGUUAAUAGAAGAUUAUCCUCAACAUCAUCCUUGUUCUUGGACAUAAGCUGAUGUGGUUGGCAUCAGACAUCAUCACAUGCGCAUAGACAGAGAAGAUGGUCAUCAUCGCAGUGUGCUACAACCAAGAAAAACUAUUCAUAAAUGAACAAUCACACUCUUCCUCUUCUUGUUCUUCCCUAUACUAAAGCCUGAUAAAUUCAAAGGUGGAUGAACAGGAAGAAAGCAACCGGAUAUUUUUAAUAUUUGAUAAUGCUGAGCGCGAAGAAUCUGAUUCUUGAACGGGAUGGAGAUUCAUCGUGAAAUUGAAAAAAUAAGGUAGUGUAAGUAUCGACAACUUGACGUACUAGAAGUUAAUGAUUCUUCUAUGUUUUUAUUGGAUAUGCGGAAAGGAGAAUGCAGAAAUAUUAGAUCGGCACAUAUAACAACUGAUUAUCAUAGAGGUAUUGGCUUUGGUAACAUCACUUCCGAGGUGGAUCACGUAAGUAGUUUUCUAACUUCAACAAGUGCUGUUGAAGAUGGAAGAUUACGAGAAGUGAUUGGCAAUAAGCAUUGAUGUUGAGAAAACUAGUAUCGGAUUAAUAAAAGAAUUGAUGAGAAAAUAGAGAACUACAAUUUAUUAUUCCAAGAACAAGAAAAUCUGAUUUCGAAAAUCAGGAAACAUGACGGAAAGGCAUAAAACCUUGGGUGAUCAUCUAGCGAACGCUGCACUCGAUGUGGAAUCCCAUGCUUCCUUUCUUGUGCUCUGUCUCUGUCCGUGUCGAGUCUCUGUGUUGCUUGUGCCUGCGCGUUUUCCUUGUUGAGGUGCCUAGCUUUGGCUUGAGUGAUAAGUAGAAAAUCUGCUUCUGUCCUGCAAAUUCUGACGAGGUAAGAGUCAACUUUCCAAAUGUAGGAGGGGCAGUCCAUGAGUUUUGUAAGUGGCUUAACUGUAUUAAGCAACUAUAACCAAAAAACUCCAUCUGGCAAUAAAUAAGUAACCUCUACUUCCCAUAUCAGGAUACUGCUAAGUCUUUUCCCCUUUUCUCAGAGGUGUGCUGCAAAUCUAAGUUGGCUCUGUCCUCUUUAUGAGGUUAGCUUAGGGUUUAGGUCCAGCGACGCGCAAAGCGCAUAAGUAAAGCAACCGGUUAGUUUUCCCUCCAUCUCGUAGAUGUAUCCCUUCAAGCAAAUUAUUCCACGAACGAUAUAAUAUUUGAUAGUAUGUUCAACAUCAGCAUCAGCAACAUCAUACUCAACAUAGAGAAGGAUCGACGAACAAGAGGUGCUAAUUCUGAUCAUGGAAAAAGACUACUUCUACAUUUUCAUUUGUGCCAGUGAUAAUGAAAAAGAUUAAUGACUCAACAAGAGUUUGGUUCUCAAAUAUGUUCCGAUCCACAGGGUUCACGUUCCUCAAGCUAUAGGAUCUUGGAAAAAUGCACUUUUGAUGAGAAGACUUAGUUUUUUUGCUAAAUUUGUGAUUUAUUCGUUCUUUUGUUAGUUGUUGAUUUCUGUUUUUAUCUAUCAUGUCGAUCAUCGGAAAAAUGUAAUGGUGGCCAUGUUCAUCACGACAAUUAUCCAUCGCAGAUUUGUGAAGCGUAUCGUUGAAGUUUGAAAAGUAGCCAUAUCACCUUUGACACAUUUUGGAUAUCGAUUUUAUUCUGUAAAAAUUAGCAGAAUCCCGUUCGUUGUUCUGCUAGCUAGUCCAUGAUCGUUUGUUUUAGGAUAAUUAGUAUCUAAGUAGCAGUCUGCACUGAACUUUUUUAUCGUCGUACCGUCCGCCGGUCUCGCGAUAAAUAACACACCACAAACAGCCAACCCACUAAUAAAAUAAACUUAAGGUAGUCUGCACUGAACUUUGUGCGAUACUGAAAAAAAAAUUCUGUUGAGAGUUUGAGUGACCUUCGACUGGUGUACGCCGCAUCUCAGUUAUGCAAAGGCUAUCAUCGUCUAAGGCUCGCGCGAGUGGUUCCCUUUGUCUGUCGAGUGUUGACUGCAUUUCUCAUUCGCUCAAAAUGUGUGAGCGUUCUUCUAUUACUGAGUGAGCUUAUUUUCGAGUAAUUGAAAGGGGGAGAGCGUCCCAUCGCUCUCCCUCACCGAUUUUUUUAUCUCCCGCCCGGUUGUGGCUAUCAGGCAUAAGGUAGCCCCUUUGGUCGGAGUCAG